GUGAUUUGUUUUGGCAUUUUAAAAGAGCAGCUGAAAUUGUGUUUAAGCGGUAGCUGUAACAAUUAAUUUAACUAUAUCGUUGUAAUAGCGCAUGCAAAUGUUAUCGUAUUUUAUCUUUCUUCAGAUUUCUUUACAGAAAGUAACAUCUAGAAAGUCAAUGAAUUGCUGUUUUUUUUUUGACUGCAACUUAAUUAGGUUUGCUUUGGGUGUUUCCAACUGAUGAUUUUUUUUUUACGUGGCUAGUUGAUUGCUUUGACUGUUUUAGUAGCAUUUAAAAUGAAAAGACGGUUAUUAUUCAAUCUUUUUUACCUUUGCAUGAUUUGGUAUUGCUUUGCGAAAAUUAAAAGAGCUGAAACAAAUAAGUUUCAAAUUAACAAUAACUAUGACGAAGAAAAAGACUUACAAAAAAGGUUACACACAUUAAAGAAGCUAAGUGAACAAGCAUCUAAACGAUUGGCAAACUUAAAUGAUUAUUCAACAUUUUAUACAAGUUUUGUCAAAAACAUAUUAAGAGUUCGAGUUCCUGGGACAGUUGGACACCAUGAAGUUAAAGAAUUUAUAAAGAAUACUCUUACAAAAUUUAAAUGGGAUGUUCAACUUGAUGAAUUCACUUCAACAACUCCUUUAGGAGACAAAAAGUUUACUAACAUUUUAGCGACUCUUAAUCCAAAAGCGAAAAGAAAGUUGGCUUUUGCUGCACACUAUGAUUCAAAGCUUAUGAAACCAGUUAAUGGAAAGUACUUUUUGGGUGCUAUUGAUUCAGCUGUUCCAUGUGCUAUGCUACUUGAUUUAGCAAGCAUUUUGACUAAAAGUUAUAAUAAGGAUUUAAACAAUAGCAAACUCAGUGAGGUUUCACCAAUGCUAUUAUUUUUGGAUGGAGAGGAAGCUUUUGUUAAAUGGGAUAAAAGUGAUUCUAUAUAUGGUGCUCGAAACCUAGCUCAAAAGUUAUCGACACAAGUUCGAAUGAAUUCUGAUAUUACAACCAAGUCAAUCACAAUGUUGGAUUCUUUGGAUGCAUUUAUAUUAUUGGACUUGCUUGGCGCAAAAGAUCCACAUAUAUUUGACAUGUAUAAUUCUACCUCUUCUUUAUACAAAAAUUUACAAGAUAUUGAAAAACAGCUACACGAAAAUAAUGAUAUUAAUAACGAAAGUCCUUAUUUUGUUGGUUCUCCUCCUAGCUCCAUAUUUAUUGAAGAUGACCAUGUUCCAUUUCUAGAAAAAGGUGUGCCUAUACUUCACAUUAUUCCAGUCCCCUUUCCAAAGGAGUGGCACACAUUAGAAGACGAUGCUGACGCGCUAGAUCCAAAGACAAUAGAAAAUCUAUUAAAGAUUUUCCGACAGUUUGCCCUUGAAUAUUUCCAUUUUUCUCCGUGAUCAUUUUUUUUAUUUUUAUUUUAAUAUUUAAAAAAAUAUAUUUUUUUUAAUCUGUCAACAAACUAUAAAAUAAUUUUUAUUUAAUUUAAAUUUAUUGCGUAACAUUUUAAUUUUAUUAUUAUUAUUUCUUUUAUAUUUAUAUAUAUUAUAGUUUUAUAAUAGGCAUUUUGAUUUUUAUUUAUUCAUUUCAUUUAAUUACAACUUUUCUUCGCUGUAACAAUAUUUACGAAAACACUAUUACUUGCGUGCAGCAAUUUCUCUUCUUCACAGCUAUUAAACACAAAAGCAGUUUUUUUAUAUAAAGUCUUUUUUAUAUAUUGUCAUAGUAGACUACUUUUGUUUAUAUGAUACAUAAUUUUAAACCAAAACGAUACUUGUUUAAAAAUAAAGUUUACUUGUUGGUGUA